AUAACACAGCAUCACUGACCAAGUAUCGGUCCAUCUAUAAUCUGGGUACCGGGCGAGUACCAUCUCGGCGCGGAAAUCAAAUAUUAACAUCGCUGCUUUUCGAAAACUAUUAACUAUGAGUAUUUUAUAUAAGACCUCAUUUUAUAAUAGUUGUUAAUGCUAGGAAAAUAAUGAUUUACGGCGCUUUCAACAAUUUAUUGUGCUCAUGUCACUUCUAGUUAAACUGUUUAAAGUGCGAUACAUCGCCGUUGAAUAUGAUUUGAGUCUUGUAAAAUAUUUAAAAUUUUUGUGGUGGACUCAGUGAUGUUUUGUGAAUUGAAAAAACAGUUUUGGCUGAGAAAUCAGCAUGUACCUUAGCCAAAAAAAUAGGAUAAAGGGAUUUGCACUUUUGGUGUGGAUUUUCUCUGUAUGGAGUGUCAGGGUGGUGCUCGGUGUGAUAAGUGUAAUAGAUUUUGGAGCUGAAGUAGUUUGUACUAAUAGUCCUGGACUGAUUCAUAGACAAAGAGAUAUGUGUAGGGCAUCACCGGAUGCUAUGGUUGCCGUUGGUGAUGGAAUCAGGAUGGCCACCAACGAGUGUAAAUACCAAUUUAGGCAACACCGAUGGAAUUGUACAGGAAUCGAGAGUCCAUCAUCAUUUGGUCACGUAGUAAUUGUUGGUUCUAGAGAAGCAGCUUUUACAUACGCCAUCAGUAGCGCAGGAGUUGCUUACUCAGUCACAGCAGCAUGUGCAAGAGGAAACAUAUCAGCAUGUGGUUGCGAUCCAGGUCCUAAGCCUAGGGAACCAACGCCUGCCGGUUGGAAAUGGGGAGGAUGUAGUGUAGACAUUAAUUAUGGAGUCCGAUUUGCUAGAAAAUUCUUAGAUGCGAGGGAAUUGGAGAACGAUGCUAGGAGUUUGAUGAACUUGCACAAUAAUAAAGCUGGAAGAAAGGCUGUUAAAAUGAGCCUAAUCGUAGAAUGUAAGUGCCACGGAGUAUCAGGAAGUUGUACCAUGAAAACCUGCUGGAAGACUCUCCCAACGUUCCGACAAAUCGGAGAUUUAUUAAUGAAGAAAUAUUAUCGAGCGAGACCCGUCGCUGCUAACAAUCAGCACGGUCACGGACCUAGAGGUAUAGACUUUCCGAGGAAGGCCAGAAGACAACAUUUAGUUUUGACCAAGGGAAAGGUACCAGUGAAGAAAAUGCCAAAGAUGUCUGAAUUAGUCUUUUUGCAAAUGUCUCCCAAUUAUUGCGAGAGAGAUUUGGCCGCCGGAUCUUUAGGAACAGUAGGAAGACAAUGUAAUAGAACCUCCAGAGGUACUGAUGGUUGUGACUUAAUGUGCUGCGGGCGAGGUUACAACACACACCAAUACACAAAAACUUACCAGUGCAGAUGUAAAUUCCACUGGUGUUGCAAAGUGGAGUGUGAUACGUGCAGUGAAAGGACUGAAGAAUAUAUGUGUAAAUAGACCUGCAAAAAAUGUGACAAUUAUCCAUUUAACAUAGUAACAGUACAUCACAUCAAACAGUAAAUAUCAAUUUGUUGAAAGCACUACAUUUUUGUAUUUGUAUAGUUUUGUACUAGUAUCGUGCUUUUCAUUUACGAAGAAAUGACAGGAUAAAAAGUUCACCAUGCGAAUUUAUAGUAGUCCGUUCGAUUAAUAUAGAAUCAUCUAUGAAAAGCAAUAAAAAUAGUGAACAGUUCUUAGUUUGAUCACAUUGUAUCUUUGCUUGCGUUAUAAAUACAACCGUAGAUAAUUAAUGAAGAUUAACUUGAAUUAUAUGUUCAAGGCGAAGCGUCAAAUAGUUCUAUAGUUUGUUUUACUCUAAUUCCAAAUUCCCCCAUUUUUUGUUUCUCUUGAAUCACUUGUCAAUAAAUUUGAUCGUAUUCCAUUCGCAAAAUGGUAUUAUAACGCAAAAAAUGGUAAGUGAAUCAGGAUUUUUAUAGAAAUACUCUUAAAAAACAUCACCAAUCAUUUUUUCGUUGUAAUAUUCAACAGAAUUUGAGAAGAAUUAAAGCAAAUCAUGUACAAAAUCUACAUCAUCCUUAAUAUGGGCUAUCAAUAAACGACGAUCUUUCGUUUUAUUUUUUUUUUUUUCAUCAAUAAAUCUUCUGAAACAGCUUAUCUAACAUUUUCAACCGAUAAGAGAAAUUUCGUUUUCCAUUUCUCAAUUUCUAUAUUUGUCUCAAAAUAUCUCUACGUUUUCCACCAGUACCUCCAUGUUUAGCCAAUUAUUUUUACACGUGUAGUUGAAAUUCCACUGGGCUAGAACUUAUGGUUUUAUCAAUGGAAUUGGAAAAUUUGAAAAAAUAUAUAAUCCUUUUUAACGAGAAUAAAUACAAUUUAAUUUUACAAGAAUAAUGGUGUUUGUUCGAGAUCCGAUAUAAGUACUAUACGUCAUCAGCGCCGAUUGUGUAGGAGAACGGCCGGCCUGUUUGAUAAAAUGCUACUGACCAGAGUUACUUGUCGAUAUUUUGAUGACAAAGAGUUGAUUUGUUGAUAGAAAUGGAGUAGGUUUUCCCGUGGUUUUCAUCUUCAUCCAAAGUAUCCAGGAGCGAGAUACGUUGGAUAGAAUUUGGUAGGAUGAGGAAAAUUUUAAUAGGAGAAGUGUUUGUUGGAGUGGGACCUGAUAUAGGAAUUGCUCUUCUGUCAUUUGGCUGAGGAACCGCUUCACCAGGUUGCAGGGAAAACGCACAUAAAACAGUUUCUCAAAUUGAUAAGGAACUACUAUAUGAAAAAUUAAUUUAUUAGAAGAAUCUCACAAAAGUGUUUAAAAAAUUCUAUUCUUUGAUUUUAUUUUGUUUUUUCAUUGAUCGUGAAUGAAGAAGCUCGAAUUUUUUACUAAAACUGUAGAAAUGCCAUAACAGAUAAGCCACCAAUAUUUCUCCAGUUAUCAUAUCGAUAAAUAUAAGGCCAAAUAUACGUAGAGCGACUGAAAAGAAACUAAAUUCGAAAAAGUGUCGGAAAUAACAAACUGCCCGCUAACUUAUUGGUGACAUGUGUCUGCUCAGCACAGCAGACUCAAUUAUGGCCAAAAUCUGACUGACUCAAAUGUAAACAAUAGUUCAGUUUGCUUUAUAACAACUCGAGGUGACUAAAGUUUUCAACAAUUUUGAAUUUUCCAUACUUUUUUUUCAAAUAAAUAAUUGUAUCAGAACAACAUAUUUAUUUCCUUAUUUCAACAAAUUGACAAAACCUAUUCUACGUCCCAUUUUCAAAUUUAACUAUAAAAAAAUUAUUUACGUCAGCGUCGAAUAAAACAAUCCAGUCCAAACUUCUUUUGCAAAUGUACAAACUAUGUUAUUCGUCCAUCUUUGCAAUAUUCUUCGUGCAUUUGGAGCUCGACCCCAAAGCAUACCCAGAGAUGCUCGACUCAAUACAGAAGAGAGCAAAUUGACUUAUAGGCGAUCCAGAGUUGACCAGUUGAACUUGAACAGCUUAGAGCGUAGAAGAAAGGUCGUUGACCUGACUCUGUUUCUGAGUUGUCAAACACAAUCUCACAUCCCUGGCAGUUUUUACAAGACCUGAACAUCGAGUUCAAUAUUCAGAGUGAUCUCCACACGGCAGGCAUCAUUCGAAUAACUCGCUUGCACUCUUGUACUUGCUUUCAACGCAGAAAAAUAACAAAUAUACUUCCAAGAAACAAAAAAUAAAUAAAAUAAAGCCAGUAAUUUUACUAGAACGAAUUACUAACUAACUAACUAAGUGACAAACUCGUCACCAGAUUGAAAACAAAAUAACCUUCGUCCGAUGAAACCUUUGAUAGGUGGGUGAUUCAAGUUGCCAGCGAUUCAACGGCCGCGUUUCUCUAAACACGUUGCCGACUGUUUGGCAACCAGUUGUUCUGUCUGUAGUUCCCAAUUCCAAUACAAAGGUUGUUACUCAUUGCAUUGCAAACUGGUUAAUUAUUUCCGUCAUAAAUGAGUUUCUUUUGAAUAGAUCCGGUGUUUAUUCGGCCUAAUAGAUGAAUUAUGAUUUAUUAAAACUUAUUCAGUGGAGAAAUAGGACAGUGGAGAGUCUGAAAUAAUCUCUAAAAAUUUAUUGUAUUUGAAUACAUUUAGUAACAUGAGAAUCUCGAUUAUUUAUUAACUACGAACUUAAUAUCAAUUUAGUAAUAAGUAAUUUAUUAUAACUUAGUAUAAAUACACUUUAUAAAGCUAUUACAUUCCA